CUAGACCACAGGUGUCAAACUCAUUCCACGGAGGGCCGAGUGUCUGCGGGUUUUCGCUUCUCCCUUGUCCUUGAUUGAUGACUAAGGCUGUUAAAUAGUAAUAAAAAAAACUCCCCACACCUGGUUGUCUCGGGUUUAAUUGAAAGGAAAAAACAAAAGCCUGCAGAAACAAGGCCCUCCGUGGAGUGAGUUUGCCACCCCUGCUCUAGACUGACAGCGAACCGAAAGACACAAACAUGAACGAGAUGCCAAGUGUAGACACAAGCGUAACAUUUUUGUUUUCAGUGGAAAACAAAAAUCCACAAUUGAACUUGGAAAUGCCAUGCCUUCUGGAGCAACCUGAAAGUGUCGUGAUGGCUCACUAUCCUAAGAAGAGGCCACUGUCUGAAGGGAGUGGUGUGAACUCUCCCAGUAACACAGACAGUUCUGCUGAUAGAUGCCCUCCUGAGGAGGAUGUGGCUGCUACAUCAACCAGAUCCCACAGUGAGGGGAAUGAGAACCACCAAAGAGGAAGCCCCAGUCCUGCUAACAUCAACGUUCCAGAUCAGUCAAUGGACCUACCAAAACAAGUUGAAAACAAAUUACGUGAUACAUUUUACCUUUUACAAACAAAAGUUUGCAAUCAAAAGAUGAAUGCUGAAUAUACAUGGGCAUACUUAAAGUCAACUCAUCUGUUUGUUGCAAUUUUGGAACCUAACAAUAUAAAGAAUAAGGAAAACAAACCUCGAAUAAUUAUUAGUCAUAGCAUAGAGUUACUUCAUGAGGAAGUGAAAAUAAUGUUGGAAAACGAAAAGCAAUUGCAAAAUACAACAUUUUCUAUAUAUUUGCUCAACUCCCCUUUGCAAAUUACAGGUCAUAAAAUAAUGGAUAUAGCAGAACUGAACAAGUAUGGCAUAAGUGCUAAUACAGACUAUCUGAUGGAAAACCAAAACAUCUCACAUAAUUUUGAAAACAUUAGAGAAUUACUUGAUAAGUACUACUCAUUACAAACAAAAGGUUACAAGAAGAAGUUUGAUACGCAACAUGCAUGGGCAUUUAUAGAGUCACCUUGUGGUGGAGAACCGGUUUUUGUUGGUUUAUUUACAUUAGAAGAUGGGAAGAAGAAAGGAAAGGACAAAAAUUGUAUUAUUCAUACCGAAGAGUUACUUCUUCAGGAAGUAAAACAAAUAUUGAAAAACAAUGAGAAAUUGCGAAAUACGAAAUUGUUUAUCUAUACGCUCAACUCUCCUUGUUUGCAAAAUUUAGGUCAUGAUUCAUGCAUGGAUUUACUGAUUAAGGAUUCAGAAGAACUGUACAAAUCUUAUGGUAUAACAACUAUUGUUGGAUACAGCAAAUGGUACGGUUUGACUGGACAGUUGACAACCUUUCUAGAUCCAUAUAUCAGCUCAAUCAAUCACUUUAAUUUGAUAAUCAGUAGUCCUAAUUAUGAAAACUAUCGUGACAAAUUUGCCACUGAGUAUAACAAUAAGAAAAGCCAUGACUCUAAAUCUAAUUUUGAAGACAGAGAACUUCCAAAGCAACUUUAUAUUUCGAGUAAACUAUUUCUGCCCAACAACAUUUCAGAAGUACCUUUCAGAUUGCAACCUUUUAAAGACAUCCAUAAGCAGGUAACAAAUACAUUUAUGUCAAUUAGAAAUUAUCAUAAAAAAGAUUUGAAAACCAAUAAUAAAAAAGAGAAAAGUCUUGACCUACGUUUCCACAUACCCCAUUUUGGAACUCUUAAUCAAUUCCAUAACGUUGGAGAGUAUCUGGCUGAAAAAUUUGACUUGAUAAAACACAUUGGUAAUGACUUAUAUCAAUCUGAAGAAAAUUUCAGAAAUUGGUGGACUAAAACAAUUGCAGACGAAUAUACUACUUUUCUUCGAGAAGACAUUAAUAGACGACUUAGUGAAGAUAAACACAGAAUCACAGUCCUCGAUCACAUCAAGAAUAACACUGCAGAAUAUUUACAGUUUUGUCACGUACCACUAAGCCCUUUCCACAAACUAUUAUGUAAUGCAUAAUUAAUACAUGCAGCUUAUUCAUUUGAGGUUGUGAGCUAAUGUCACGUCCUGACCAUAGUUCUUAUGUGUGUUGCUUGUUUUAGUGUUGGUCAGGACGUGAGCUGGGUGGGAAUUCUAUGUUGUGUGUCUAGUUUGUCUGUUUCUGUGUUCAGCCUAAUAUGGUUCUCAAUCAGAGGCAGCUGUCAAUACGUUUUAAAUUGCAUAAAGUUGGAAAAAAUUAAACACACACUCAAUGGGUCUGUAGACAAAUUCUAUGCAAUGUGGGAUCCCUUCUUUUCUUAUGUUAAACGAAUACAUUUGUGAUGUAUAUUUAUAUAUUGGUGACGUAAGGCCAGGUAUGUGCAUACACGACAUCUUUGAUGUUAAGGACGGUAUUAUCUGUACUAGUUGACCCAUAACUGUUUAUGUCUGUCUCUCUAUGUUUUGCUGUAUUGUUGUCUUUGAUGUGCUGUUUUAUACUACUACCAAAUAACUUACAAGUGCAAUUAUUUUCUAAAUGCUGGUAUUGAAAAUUAAAUAAACAAAGUAUAAAAAAUUAAUAAAAAGCUAUGAACAUCUU